CGUAGCGUGACGUAACGCAACUUCCGCUAGCAUUAGCCACCGGUUUAAUUUUGUUGACAGCAUCGCUAAUUGACGUAGCACUGCUGUAGUUAGUUUCAUAUUUUUUACCCAGGCGCAAAAUGGCAUCAGAAAACUCGUUUAAACUCAGGUGCUCCAUUCCGGGUCACGAAAUGGAUGUUAGAGGACUCGCAGCCGCUGUUUUUCCAGACGGAGCUUUUGUGUCUGUGUCCAGAGACCGAACCGGAAGGGUCUGGGUGCCCAACUCAAGCCCAGACAGAAGCUUCACAGAGAUGCACUGUAUGUCUGGCCAUUCAAAUUUUGUAUCCUGUGUAUGCAUCAUCGCACCUAGUGAAACAUAUCCUCGAGGGCUUAUUGCUACGGGUGGGAAUGAUCAUAAUAUUUGUGUGUUCACACUGGACCAGCCCCAGCCCCUCUACACUCUCAAGGGUCACAAAAACACAGUUUGCGCUCUGUCGUCCGGGAAGUUUGGGACGCUGCUGAGUGGCUCCUGGGACACCACAGCCAAAGUCUGGCUCAAUGAGAAGUGCAUGAUGACACUGCAGGGCCACUCUGCAGCAGUGUGGGCAGUGAUCAUCCUACCUGAGCAAGGCCUGAUGCUCUCUGGAUCAGCAGAUAAGACCAUAAAGCUUUGGAAGGCCGGCCGCUGUGAGAGGACGUUUACAGGUCACGAAGACUGCGUAAGAGGACUAGCAGUGAUCAGCGAGCAUGAGUUUUUCUCUUGCAGCAAUGAUGCCAGUAUCAGAAGAUGGAUGGUGACAGGGGAGUGUGUGCAGGUCUACUAUAGCCAUACCAACUACAUCUACAGUAUAUCUGUCUUCCCUAAUGGCCAAGAUUUUGUAAGCACUGGAGAGGACAGAACUUUGAGGAUAUGGAGGAAGGGGGACUGUACUCAGACCAUCCGCCUACCUGCCCAGUCUGUGUGGUGCUGCUGUAUUCUGCCCAAUGGUGAUAUAGCUGUAGGAGCAAGUGAUGGUAUUAUUCGUGUGUUCACGGAGGCCGAGGACCGCAUGGCCAGUCCAGAGGACCUGCAGGCCUUUGAAGAUGAACUCUCCAAAGCCACCAUCGACCCCAAGACAGGCGACCUGGGAGACAUCAAGAUAGAGGACCUUCCAGGAAAGGAGCACCUCGAUGAGCCUGGCAAUCGUGAUGGGCAGACACGCCUGAUUAAAGAGGGACAGAACGUGGAGGCCUACCAGUGGAGCGUCAGUGAUAGUCGCUGGGUGAAAAUUGGGGAUGUGGUCGGAGGCUCAAACCAGCAGACAUCCAAGAGCGUGAUGUAUGAGGGAAAGGAGUACGACUAUGUCUUCACCAUUGACGUGAAUGAAGGAGGGCCGUCCAUGAAGCUGCCUUACAAUGUGUCAGACGAUCCUUGGCUGACGGCGCACAACUUCCUGCAGAAGAAUGACCUCAGUCCCAUGUUCCUCGACCAGGUUGCCAAUUUCAUCAUAGAGAACACCAAAGGACAUGUGGUGGGGCCGGCUCAGCCCAGUGCUGUUGACCCAUUCACCGGGACAGGUCGGUAUAUCCCUGGGUCGUCUGAUAGUAGGACAGGCUUUGGAGCAGAUCCUUUCACAGGCUCUGGUCGCUACAUCCCUGGGUCAGAUGUGACUACAGGUGCUCCUGCAGGUGUGGCAGAUCCCUUCACAGGGGGAGGUGCUUACUCCUCAGCAGCACUCAGGCAGACAUCAACCAACAUCUACUUCCCUAAGACAGAUGGGGUGACUUUUGAGCAAGCCAAUACUACGCAGAUCAUUGCCAAGCUGAAAGAGCUGAAUAAUGGAGCACCUCAGAAGCACAAGCUUUCUGAGGAGGUUCUGGAGAGCCUGGAGAAGCUGCUGAUGUGUGUGUGUGGCCCCAGCUCCUCCGAGCAGCCCCUGACCAUCCAGCAGAUCAACCUGCUCUGGAAGGCCUCCCACUGGCCUGAAGAUAUUGUGUUCCCUGUCCUGGACAUCAUGAGGCUGGCAGUGCGCCACCCGCAGGUCAAUGAGAGUCUGUGUGGAGAGGAGGAAGGAGUCCAGCUGUGCAACCACCUGCUGAGCCUGAUGAGGCCCGAGGGGCGUCCCGCCAACCAAAUGCUGGCGUUACGGACACUGUGUAACUGUUUUAGUGGCCAGCAUGGCCGAGCCCUGCUCAUGGCCCAACGUGAGACGGUGCUGUCACGUGCUACCGACCUGGCCUCUGUCUGCAACAAGAACAUCCACAUCGCCUUGGCCACUCUGGUGCUCAAUUAUGCCAGCUGCCUGCACGGCCAACCCGAUCUAGAGGCGAAGGCCCAGUGCCUGUCUGUGGCCAGCACAGCCCUGGAGUCGGUGCAGGACAAGGAGGCUGUGUUCAGGCUACUGGUGGCCCUGGGCACGACUGUGGCCUCAGACCACACAGCCCAGGACCUGGCUCGCUCGCUGGGCGUCAACUCCCAGAUAGCCAAGUACUCCUCAGUAUCAGACCCAGUGAAGGUGGGCGAGUGCUGCCAGCUGGUUUUAAAAGAAUUACAAUAGUAAGAAUGAUUAGACACACUAAUGACACUUCUUUUGACCUAAGUAAUAAUAAUAAUAAUGAUAAUAAUAAUUAUUAUUGUUGUUAUUAUGAUUAUUAUUAUUGUGACUGUUCUGCUCAAUCAUUUGUGGUGGAGACUUGACUGAUUGCAUGUGCUGCAAUAAAAAGAUGUACAAAUUAAAUCUUUUGAACAAGCA